AUGUUCAGAAGUCUGUUUCGUAGCGUGAAGUUUCCAUCCUACAGCGUUGUCAUGCAUUCCAGUGUGCAGAUUGAACGUGGGACGUCCAAUACGACGUCCUACCGAAUGUUCUUAGCUCACGAAGGUUCUCCAAUAUCAUAUUUCCAUGACGUCCCACUGUUAUCAAACGUAUCAAAUAACUGUUACAAUAUGGUUGUUGAAAUUCCCCGUUGGACAAAUGCGAAAAUGGAAAUCUGCAAAGAGGAGCUCAUGAAUCCUAUCAAACAAGAUGUGAAAAAUAACCAGUUACGUUAUGUAGACAAUGUAUUCCCACACAAAGGUUACAUUUGGAAUUAUGGUGCCCUACCUCAAACCUGGGAAGAUCCAAGUCAUGUGGAUGGAAACACAAACACUAAGGGAGAUAAUGAUCCUGUUGAUGUUUGCGAAAUCGGUUCUAAGAUUUGGCCUUGCGGGUCAGUGAUACCUGUCAAAGUGUUGGGUAUAUUGGCCAUGAUUGAUGAAGGUGAAACCGACUGGAAGGUUAUAGUCAUCAAUGUAGCUGAUCCAAUGGCUGAGAAACUGAAUGAUAUUAAGGAUGUGGAUAUACAUAUGCCAGGACUUUUAAAGGCGACAAGAGACUGGUUCAAGUACUAUAAAGUGCCCGCUGGAAAACCAGAAAAUGCAUUUGCCUUUAAUGGAGAAUUUCAGAAUAAAGAUUUCGCUACAAAAAUUAUCUCCCAAACUCAUGAACAAUGGCAAAAGUUGAUAUCUACUAAAGUUCAGGCCGGCAGUAUUGUACGAGCUAAUGUCACCGUGAAAGGAAGUCCCUACAUGGUAUCGAAAGAAGAUUUUACAGAUGCUUUACAAAAGUAUGAGGAAUUUAAACAUGGAAGUGAAUCAACGAACAAAUCAAUUGAACAAUGGCAUUUUUGCAAUCCAAAUGCUUGA